AACCUAGAAGCUAGAGUUGGUGGCGUAUACCUGUAAUUCCAGUACUGGGGAGGCAGAAACAGUAGUAGGAUCCCUGGAAUUUGCUGGAUAGCAAGCAAGCCUCACAGAAUCUGUGAGCUCCAAGUGAAAGGGCCCCUGUCUCAAAACAAUAGGGUGGACAACGCUACUGAGAAGCUAUUCUCAACACCGAUGACUGGUGUCUAUGUGCAUCCAAACAGCUACACACAAAUACGUACUGAGUGAGCUAUUAUGGACACAGAAUCCAGACAGAGAAUACCGCAGUUAGACAGCUCAACCAAGAUUAGAGACCAGCACCCAGCAGCCCUCACAGCAGGCGGAGAGGCACUUCCCGCAGGGCUGGGGAGAAGCCUCCCUUUAUCCUCCGGGAGACGGUGGGGGGCAGGGAUCCCCGGUGCACAGCCUCCAGGGGUUGCCCUUCGCCGGGAUCGCCUUCUCUUCGCGCCCAGCUCCCAGGGAGGCUGGGUACCUCGCGUAACGGCGGAAACUGAGCGGUGGGCGGGACCUGGCGCCGCCCCGCCUCCGCGCUUCCUCCUCUUUCACUUUCCUUUCCGCGGAAAGCUGGUCCUGCCUCUCGAGCAUGGACGACCUGAACUGCGAUUCCACCUGGGAGGACGAGAGCGAGGAGGAUGGCGAGGACGGCCAGGCGGAUGAUACGGGCGAUGCGGACACGGGCGACGAGGACGACAACGCGGAGGAGACACGGCCAGGCGUGUUCCAGCCCAAGAUGACAAGGUACCGAAACUGGCGAGCUAUGCAGGAUAUGCAAAGGUACCGACACCACUAUCCGGAUUUGGCAGAUCAAGACUGUAAUGGCGACAUGUCCAACCUGAGUUUCUACAAGAAUGAGAUCUGCUUCCAGCCAAAUGGUUCUUUCAUUGAGGAAAUUCUUCAGAAGUGGAAAGACAACUAUGAGCUCCUUGAAGAGAAUCACUCCUACAUCCAGUGGCUGUUUCCUCUGAGGGAACCGGGAGUGAACUGGCACGCCAAGCCCCUCACACUCAAGGAGAUUGACGCAUUCAAAAGCUCCAUGGAGGUCAAAGAGCGUCUUGUCCAGGCCUAUGAGCUCAUGCUAGGCUUUUAUGGGAUCCAACUUAAGGACCGGGACACGGGUGCAGUCUGCCGUGCACAGAACUUCGAGUUACGCUUUCGCAACCUGAACAGACACAGCCACAACAACCUGCGUAUUACGCGCAUUCUCAAGUCACUGGGUGAGCUGGGCUUAGAGCGCUACCAGGCACCGCUGGUCCGCUUCUUCCUGGAGGAGACACUAGUGGAGAACAAAUUACCCAGUGUGCGCCAGAGUGCCCUGGACUACUUCUUGUUUGCUGUGCGCUGCCCGCGCCAACGCCGCGAGCUGGUGCACUUUGCUUGGAAGCACUUCAAGCCACGCUGCCAGUUUGUCUGGGGGCCUCAUGACAAGCUGCAGAGAUUCAGGCCCCGGCCACUCUCGGCACUAGGGCAGGCAGAUAAGGAUGAGGGCUCCAGAAACCCCUUCCAAGAGGCUGGCACACAGGGUCGGACCUAUGGAUCUGGAAGGAACCUGGGUGGGGACAGGGGAUCAACUGAGGAUCCCUGGCUGCUGAGCACAAAGCCCCAAGAUGAUGUGGGAACCUUGGAUGGGGACCAGAGGGGUGAGGCUGAGUCACUGAGCCCCAAAGAGAGCAAGAAGAGAAAGUUGGAGGGAAAUAGGCAGGAGCAGAUCCCAUGGGAGGCAGAUCCUCAGGUGGAGAAAAUUGUCCACAACCUUGAGGGGUGUGCCCUGAGCCCUAGCAGCCAGGAACCUAGGGAGGCUGAACAACCCUGUCCUGUUACCCACGGGGCCGAGGUGACUGAUGAGGUAAGAAAACGUAGGAAGGUGGAGGGUGAUGGAGUAACCAGUAACCAUAGCACUGAUACGUUAUGCCCUGCCCUGCCCCCUACACCUUCAGAGUGUCCUGAGGCCCGAAAAGAUGAGAAUGGGCCAGAGGACCCAGAAAGCCAGGUGGGGUCAGAGGACCCAGAAAGCCAGGUGGGGNCAGAGGACCCAGAAAGCCAGGUGGGGACAGAGGACCCAGAAAGCCAGGUGGGAGUAGAGCAAGGUACCUUUGGGAACUUGGUGGAACACCCUGACACCACAGAAGUCUCAGUGGGUGAGUCAGAGAAGUUGGCAGGGAUGGGGACCUCUGCUGAACCCCCAAAGCCUUAGAGGUGCAUCUCAGUCCUGCUCCACCCGCUACAGGGGUUGUCUUGAGUCCCAGAGCCCUGUUGUUGGCUCUUCUUGGUGCCCCCAGUGCUGGCCUCUCCCUGGUGGCCACUGAAGCAGCCACCAGGGAGACUGAGGCCCUGCCCUCAGGGAAGGCCAUGGCCUUCAGAACCCUCCUUACCUCACUGUGUCCUCCCCCACUGCCCUCUGAGCCCCGUGUUUGUGAACAGAUCCUAAGGGUCUCGGGGGAGGGGCCUCUUUUCUUAAUCUGGUGCCAAGUGAGGCCUUUUCUGAAUAAACUCUUUAGACUUUG